AUGUAAAUAAUUUUGAAAAUGAACAAAUCUGCUAUAUUAAUGCUUUAUACUAUCUUCAUAGUAUAUGCAUAAAAUGUUAAUAAAUAAGAAGCAGUGAACUCUUGUUUAUAAGAUGAAAUAGAUUUAAGUGAAAUGGUUCCCAAGGAUUAUUUAGAAACCUUUGAAGAGAAAUAUGGAAACAGGAUACUUAAAAGUUAUGAACCUUAACCAAUUAGAAUUACUCUAGAUUUCUAUGAGCUUGAAAAUCCUCUAAAUGGUGAUGGAAUGACUCCUAGUAAAAAGGAAUACUUAAAAAAAAUCAUGUAUGCUGCUCAAAUAUAUUUAACUAAGCUAAUCAAAGUUUAUCCAAGACAAGGACCUCUUAAAUAUAUUUGGGAUAAUGAAAAUUGUUAUGAUAUUAAAAUCCCGUAGUACAUAAAAAAAAUAGGUGUUGAGAAUUCUGAUUUACAUAUAUUUGUUACAUACUCAAAUUUACCUAAAUCCUAGACUUUAGCAAAUGCAAUCUGGUGUUAGUUAGAUCCCUAGCCAAAUGUUGGAAGAGUCCUAUUUAAUAUAGGCGCUAUGGAUAUAGAUGAAUCUUCAACUUAAUCCUUCUAAGAUAAUUUCUCUACUUCACUACAUGAAAUUUUACAUAUUCUAGGCUUUACAGGUAAAAGCGUCUAAUACUGGAUCGAUCCUGAUACAAAUAAACCUUAUGGAGAAAAUAAUGUAAGUAAGAUUUUGACAAGUGAAACAAGAUGGUAAAUAGAUAAUGUUCUAAAAAUAUCUUCUAAAAAUAUUUUAAGAGUCUCUAGAAAUCAUUAUAACUGUCCUUCAAUUAAUGGUAUGUAUCUAGAAAAUUAAGGAGGAUCCGGAUCUAUGGGUUCUCACUGGGAAAGAGAUUUACUUUCUAAUGAAUUCAUGACUGCUAGUAUUGUUUAACGCAUUUAUUCUAUUUCUGAAUUUACAGCUGCUUUACUUCUUGAUACUGGCUACUAUGCUGAAAUCAAUUCUAAUUUUCUCAAUCCUAUAUAUUGGGGUAAAAAUAAAGGAUGUGAUUUUUUUAACAAUUCAUGUAAUACUGCAAAGGACUUACAUGAAUUCCCAAAUAAUACUUAAGAAUCUUGUGAUUUUUACUAUGAAGGAAUUGGCAGUCUCUAAAAUUAUGAUGAUUUUUCUUAAUGUAAAAUAAUUUAUACAUAUAGAAAUGGUUAUUGUGAUUCAUAUUAAUUUAAACCUGAUGAAAUUCUAAGAUAAAACACUGGAAAAGGGUCAAAAUGUUUCAGAUCUAAUGCAAACAUCAAGGGUCAUGAAAUUUUAGAUAUAAAAGGAAGAUGCUUUAAAGCUUAAUGUGCAAAUGAUUUAUCAUCUAUUAAAGUAAAUGUUUGGGAUGAUGAAUAUGUAACUUGUAAUUAUCCUAAUCAAGUUAUUAACUUAGCUGAAUAAACUAAAACUACUUAAGGUACUAUGAGAUGUCCUCAUGAUUUUGACUUAUUUUGCAAUUUCCCUAAGUCUUGUCCAAAUAAUUGCUCUAAUAGUGGUGUGUGUAAUAAUGGCUAUUGUGUUUGCCUCAAAGGAUAUGCUGGAGCUGAUUGCUCUUAAAGAUGUCCUGAAGAAUAUGUCUGGGAUAGCAAUAGAUGUGUUUAAAAUUGUCCACGUGGAUAGUUUAAAAAUUUAGAUAAUACAUGUAAACCUACUUGUCCUUAUAAGUAUUAUGGAGAAAAAUUUACAGGUAACUGUACAUUGUGCUCAGUAAACUGCUCAGCUUGCUUUGGUUCAGCUUCUAAUUAAUGUCUUUCUUGUAAUGAUGGCUAUUCUCUUUAAGGAAAUAAAUGUGUUGAAAUGAUUUGUUAUUCAAGUUGUCAAUCGUGCUCAGGACCUAAUUCAAACUAAUGCACUUCAUGUCCAGCUGGAAAAUAUUUAGAUUCUAGAAAUACAUGUCAACAUUGCUAAUCACCUUGUGAAAAUUGCUUCAACUCAUCUACUGAAUGUACUACUUGCAGUUAGGGAUACUUUAUGGAUAGAUUUAGUGGAAAAUGUGUUUCUGAAAAUUCUUGUGAUAGUUCUUGUCUUGACUGUUCUGCUUUUAGGGAUCCUACAAAAUGUACUUUAUGUCGAGAUGGUUUUUUCUUAAACGAAUAUGGGGAAUGCUAAAAAUGUGACUAAUCUUGCUCCAUCUGUACAAUGAGAGGUAAUAAUUGUAUUAAAUGUGUUUAAGGUUGGGAAUAUAGCGCUAGUAAAAAAAGGUGUUUCUAUAACUGCCAUGAAAGUUGUGAUACAUGUACAUUAGUUUUAGACCCAAAAGCUUGUAUAAGAUGUGCUUUUAAUCAUGUGAUGUCAAAUAAUUAAUGCGUUCCUUGUGAUAAAAGCUGCCAUGGUUGUACAGAAAAUCCUAAAAAAUGCAACGAAUGCGCAAAAGGAUACUAUUUAGAUUCAUAUUAUGAUAUAUGUGUACCUACAUGUAGAUCAGAUGAGUUCCAAGAUUCAAAAGGGAACUGCUAAAAAUGUUAAUAACCAUGUGCUACUUGCCAAUUUUACAGUGAUAAUUGCAUUACCUGCUUAUCAGGUUAUAUUUAUGAUUUUUAUUAUAAAUCUUGCAUUCCUACAAAUAGUUUUUGUCAUGAAACCUGUGAUUAAUGUAGUAGAAAUAAUGAUCCCUACUCAUGCACUAAAUGUAAAGAUGGGAUGUAUUUGAUAAAUGGUGAAUGCUAUUAAUGUAGCGGUAAAUGUUAAACUUGUGAAAAAAAUGCUUUUUAAUGUACUUCUUGCAAAUAGAAAUAAUUUUUAAACAACUAUGAAUGUCUUUAAUGUCACAGUUCUUGCUAAACAUGUUUUGGAAUUUCAACAAAUUGCACUUCUUGCUAAUAAGGUUUCUCAAAAGAUCCUUUGACAGGUCUUUGCAUAAAUAAUUUACCUAGAUGUAAAAGUAACGAAUAUUUGGAUAAAGAUUAUCAAUGUUAAUAAUGUGAAUUACCUUGCGCUUCUUGCUUCAAUUUACCAAAUAAAUGUUAAAGCUGUAUUUCUGGUUAUAUUUACAAUUCUUAAACAUUUUAGUGUUAAUAAUUUAAUCCGGUUUGUUAUGAAGGAGAAUUCUUGGAUUUUGAUAAUAAAUGUAAAUAUUGUGAUCGAAUUUGUGCCACUUGUGAUAUAUACAGUAAUAGAUGCACAAGUUGUAAACAUGGCUUUACUCUUUCAAAAAAUUCUUGUUAUGAAGAUAAAUGCUAAGAUGGAUCAUUCAUUAAUUAGUAUGGAAGAUGUUAAAAAUGUAGCAAUUCAUGUAGAAAAUGUAUAAAUUAUUAUGAUAACUGCACUGAAUGUGCUGAUGGAUAUUCUUAUAAUAUAAGAACAUAGACAUGUGUUAUAAAUGAAAGCUAUUAAAAAUGUCAUCAUACUUGUAAAUAAUGCAAUUAAAGUAAUAAUGCAUUUGCUUGCUAAUCAUGUUAUGAUUGUAACUAUUUAAGCAAUGGAUAAUGCCUUCCAUGCAAAAAUAAUUGUUAGACUUGUGACAGAUAUUCUGAUUUUUGCACUUCGUGUUAAAAUGGAUUUAAAUUAAACAGAAAUUAAGGUAGAUGUAUCCCAGAAUGUAAGUAUGGUGAAUACUUAGACUAGAGUGUUAAUUUAUGUAAACAAUGUGCAUAUCCUUGUGAGAGCUGUGAAUUUAAUCCAAGUUAGUGUACUAGCUGUAUUUAAGGAUAUAAUUAUAACAGUAAAAGUUAAAGCUGUACCAUUCUUUGCCGACUUGGAGAGUAUUCUGAUAGAGGUUUAUAUUGCAAACCAUGCUCGUUUCCUUGUGAGACUUGUGAAGAUUAUGAUGACAAAUGCUUAAGUUGUGUUUAAGAUUACACUUACAGCAAUUAUCAAUGUUUAAAAAAUUCUAAAACUAAUUUAAGAUAUUGUCAUGAAUCUUGUAAUUCUUGUAUUAGAGCAAUGGAUCCUAAUUCAUGUGAUUCUUGUAAAGAAGGAUACAUUUUAAUAAAUAGAACUUGCCAAAAGAAGAAAGGAAAUUAUUUUGAACCAAAAAAUUGA